AUAUAUUUUUAUUUUAGUGCUAGGUUUUAAUGGAAAUGUUUCAGUUAAAUAGUUUUAACCUGAUACGAAUAGUGCACGCUUAAAGAUAAUUCCAACGUGAUACUGAACGUUUUAUGUUGUUGUAAAAUUCCAAAGGGAACCCAGUUAUUUAUUCAAUUUGGAGCUACAUGUCACUGGAUUACCUAGGCGGAAUAGUUUUAAAGGACGGUUUACUCUCAAAAGAAUCUGCAUCGCUUGGUACAGGAGGUAAUGACUUCUGGUCGGAGGAAGACGUUAUUCAAGACUACCCUAAUAACUACAGUACAUUCAUUAACCUACAUGGAGUCAGGCAAUUGCUCAAGGAUACCCUUGCCGUACCGGGAGUUUUCCAAAAAAUAGAUGAAUUAAACAUACAGAUACAACCUGCUAGAAAGCGGCGAAAUCUUUACAAAAGAGUUGCGUUCGAUUCAAUUGCUCAUCAAGGUGGAUUGUCUGGACUGAGUUCAGCACCGGGAAAGCCGCACAAAUUGGCAUUUACCUUUGAAAAUUUACUGCCAUACCUUAUCAGUGAAAUGAGAAGAAACCACAGAGGUAUUGAAACCGACAGCGAUUAUGUUUCAUGAUUGGUGGACAUGAACAUUUCCCAUGGAUUUUUUUCCGUUUUUUAUUUCCUAAAUUUUUUGUUUCUAACUUAUGCGUUGUAUUCUUUGAUCAGUUGACAUAUACCCAAUGUAAUUAAUUGUUUCGCCAUGCAUUCACUUUACAAAAUUAUUUUUAAAGAAACAAGCUCCAUACCGAAUAAGUCAAAGUAAAUAAAAACAACAUGUUCUUUGAAAUGCUGUUUUUAUAAGUAGCUUCAUGUAUAGCUUGCAAGAUGUUUGCUUUGGAUUUUUUUUGAAGAAAUAUUACUAUAGUGCAUACUAUUAAAUACACGUCGGCUUAAGAUCAUUUAUAAAUAUAGAAACCUCUGGUUUGUGAACAAUUCAUUUCAGUACGAACUUGCUUUAAAGAUGUUGUACUUAUAUUUAAAGCUGUGCAGUUUAUUCACCUAUAUAAACGUAUUCCACAAAUGGCAAUUACGGGCUUUUACGGAUAAACCCUUCACAACCUUUUAUUGUUAUGCGUUUGCCCCCCCCCCCCCUUUCCCGACCUCCAGCGCGACAGAAAGAUAGUGGUAUUUGCAUAUCUUGCUCUGAUGUUUGAAUUAAAAAAAUAUAACUGAUAUUAAGAAUUCAUCAAUAAAUACAAAUAUUAAUAUCACAUAUAUAGAGGGUUUUAUUAAAUGAUUGUAUCAAAAAAGUUCUUUAUUCCCAAUGCUAAUAUUUCGCGAUUGCAUAUAUAACUUUGUCCAGAAAUUUGCUUUCCUUUUGUAAUAACAUAGAGAAAAAAAAAUAUAAAUCGAGGUAAUUUGGUUAAAUAAAAUUUAGAGAAUGAUGAAGAUAUUUUGAGACUGUUUCUUUAAAUUAAAGUUGUUUGAGGUUCACAUUAAAAUGUAGUAAAAAAGGAAGAUAUCUUUUAUUUUUUUCAUAACUAUUUAUGUUUAUACGAUGUUGUGGUUUAUAUGCAUUUAUUAUGAAUUUGGUAUUUUAUAAAUAAAAAAUCGUAAUGUCAUUCCUUUCAUAUUUCAAGUCCUUUCUGUGACUUGCCUAUCGAUGUCUAUACAAUUCAUUUGGUAUAUGUGUCUCUUUCUCGAAUUCCUGUAAAUUGAUGUAGGAUCUAAAAGAACAUCCACUAUUAGUUAAUGAAUUAUGUCUUUACAAUUGGAACCAUUUAUCUUCGCAAUUGAACACAAUUUAACUACUGUAACUUACUCCUCGAAGCAAUCUAAGGUUACUACAUUGAUUAAAAUUAAAUUAUUUUAGAACCACAUCGAUACUUAAACUGGAUUCUUCAAAAUAAUAAGUUAUUUUUUACUACUUUUGAAAUAUUUUCCAUAAAAAAGAGUAUCAAACCUUUUUUUGGAAUUACACCAACCCAAAAGUAAACUUACAACAGAAGUAAUGAGCUGUAGUAAACUGUAAAACACCGGUAACGUUUUCGUAUGGCAAAAAAAUAUCCAAAAUAUUUAUUGAUAGGAUUGAUAGGUCAAUAUGUAUCCCAUAUUACCGACUUAUCGUUUUAAUGCGUCAGUUAGCCAACAGAUAACAACUUAUCAAAAUGUUAUUCAAAUUGUCGCAGAGCGUUAUCCUAGAAUUUGAGCAUGAUUUUGCU